AUGGAAGAUGGGCUGCUGCGGACCUUCCACCUGGGGCUCUCAGAUGCGAACGUGGCGCGCCGGCGCCAGGUCGCCCAGGCUGCGCGGACCGAGGACCGAGGCAGCCUGGGCUAUGGAGAUCGAGGCGUGGUGGAGGUGCCUUGGUCGCAGAUGGAGGCUCUCCUUGAGGCAGACGUGGCGCUGCUGCGGUCUCAACUGGAUGCCUUGCCCAUUUGGGACCCCGAGCUGCACACGCGCCUGAGGCGCUGGGCUUCGGCGGAUGGUGCUCGGGACCUAGAGGCCGGUGAGAGGUAUCGCUUUGAGGUCGCACCAGAAGGUGGGGCCUUGGAGUGCAGUGGCACCGUCUCGGGCGAGUCCUUGGCAUUGCUGACCGGUGAGGCCCCGAGCCGGUCUUCCACUUCGGCCUGGGUGUGGGUCUAUCGCUUCACUUCGGCGGCCACAGCCGCUGCGCAGCUCUGCCACCAUCCCACGCUGGCAGCCACGGCCAGUCAGUUGCGGGCGGCCGUGGUGUGCAGGACUCCAGAAAUGGAUGCCGUCGUGGGCAUGCAGGUCUACUUGGCUGCAGCCUGGCGUGCCACAUCCUCGACCCCUGCACCACCCACCAACACUCCAUUGCCACUGGCCGCAGCCGCACGAGGGGAGAAGCGCUUGAGGCAGCUGGCGCUGGAAGUGAUGGUGGCCGAGGCCUUGGACUUCUCCUCGCUGGCGGCCUUGCUGCGGGCGGAGCUGGCCUCGCUCGCGCAGGCUCUCAGAAACGGUUCCACUGCAGCGCCGGCCGGGCCGCGCUUCGCGUGCGGCUGGCGGACUUGGCUUGCCUGGAUGAGGAUGGGAAGGAAGACAGUGCCGUGGAAGAAGUCGUUGGGGUCGUUUCCCCCCGUGGGAGGUACGCCCUCCAUCCCGUUGUCCUCGCACCGCUCGGAACGCCCAUCCCGGAGGCGGUCCAGGCCUGAGAUGUCGGAGAAAGCGCUCCUGGAGUCCGACGUGACCGCCGCACUGGCCGCCGCCAAGCGCCUCUUGAAGCGGGAUCUCUCUGAGGUGCUCAACCCACCACCGCCACCGCCGCCGAACGCCAAUCAGCUGGGCCAGCUGGAGGUUCAACAAGGACUUCUGCACCUGGCUCGUGGCAUUGAUGCCAAAGCAUUUGUACAUAGUGGGGACCAGGUCCCUAUCCGUUUGGCCGUUUUGCCGGACUACUCCAUGAGCGUGGAGGUCUCGGGGGACGUGAGGCUCUUCCGUCUAACGGAGGUGGAUCAGGUGGCCUCCGGAGAGAAGGCGCUGGAGCUUCUAGAGGGUGUCAGCUUGAGGUGCAAGCCGCCCUGGCGCAUUUGCGCGUUGAAGAUGAAAGACGGCACCUGUUUGGCGCUGCUUCCAUCGGAGGUAGUGCCCGACGUCUUUGUGCGAUGUCUCCAGCAGUUGCAGGAGGGUGCAGAAGAAAGUGAAGCGGCCAAGCCAGGCCCAGUGAAGCGCCCCUCGUCUGCACGUCCAUCAGGUGGGCAGAUGGCCUCAGCCCCUACACCGCCGGCACCGCUGGUGGUGCAGGAGCCUUGGGUGGCGGAGCCAGUGGCAUUUCGCGCACGGCCGGUCGAAGGCCGAGAUGGCUUUAUCCCCAGGACCAGGCUGGCGGCGUCCUCCAGCCCCGCCCGAACUGCAUCGGUGCCGGUGCGGGCAAGUGCCUCCAGCUCGGGUUUUCUGAGCGCCAGCGUGGAUGCUGGAGCACCUUUGCCGCAAACGGUUUGCGCUACUCCUCGCCAGGCUGUGGCUGGCACUUGGUACCAAAUGUCUCCCAGACAGACGAGUUGGCCAACGCAGCCUGUGACUCCCCGGAUCUGGCGCCCAGUGGUGACGCUCCCAGCUCACCCAUCACCGACAGCGAGCGCCGUCGGCUCAGCGCCAGCCCCGGUGACGCAGCCAGCAUUGAUGACACAGGCGCCGAUGUACACCGUUCCGGCAGUGGUGACACAGCCAGCGUGGGGACAUGCGCCGCAUGCGCAUGUGGUGCAUCCUCAACCGGUGACCUGGGUCCAACGAUGA